AUGAGCAAAGACUCCUCCAUAACAAACCUCCACAUGCACCACCCCCGACUCGCCGACUUUUUCGAAGACUUCACACGCCCGCACACAUCCCCAACUUACACUACGCACAACCCCCAAUCUCACACCCACAAUAACACAACCGUAACCUACGGCUCGUCCUCACCGACCCUCGUCCCUUCCUUCCUCCCGAUCGAAGAGAUCUAUGUCCUACCGCAGUAUCAGCCGCCGAAUCCAGAAGACGAGGAUGAUGUUGUGCCGGAUCAGCAUGCUGCAUUUGGAAUUACGAGGGCGAUGGAGAGGAGGAGAGAGGCUGUUUGGAGGGAUUUGGGGAUGGAGGGGGUUGUUGCGGGGGAGAAUAUGGGUGGUGGGAAUGGGGGCGGGAGGGGGAGGGGGAGGAAGAUUCAAGUUAAGGAGUCGGGGAGGUUGAUGGGGGGGAGGAGAACGGUUUGCUUGCGGUGA